CUCAAACCCUCGCUCCCUCCCCGAGAUCUGUCUCUACCCCACAGAAGAAAUCCUUCAGCCGCCGCCGUCGCCGCCGAAAUCGAAAUAAUGUCGCCACCGGUCUUGACCACGGUCGUCACCGGCAUGGUGCUGGCCACGGGAACUGUUGAGCUCGUGAGGGGCGCCGUGGACGCCAUCUCCGCCCUGGCAGAGAGAAAUUGCAGCAAGUGCAAUCUCAAAGUUAAGAUCGGGGAGAUGGUAAAGCACCUCGAGGAUCAUCUUGACGAAGACGAGAUGCUGUACGCUAAGGACAAGGAAGCAAUGGAGCGCAAGCUCGAGCUGAUGGAACAACUGGAGAAGAGGCUAAGGGAUGACAAAGCAGAUCUCAUGCAUAAGCUGGAGACCAUUGAUAAUGCACACAAGGUGGAGAAGAGGCGACUCAAGGUCGAAAAGGCUGAGCUCAAGGAGGAGCUGCUGCAGGCCAAAAUCAAGGAGGCCCGGUUGAAAGACCUGGCACUGUCGGAAAUCAGAAUCAGGUGUGAAGUUUGCUCCGAGUCUCUGCUUGCCAAAAACAGAGAUGCUCAUAUGGAGAUUCAUAGAAAGGAGCAUAAGGUCAUGAGCAAGUACUACCGUAUGUUGCGCAAAUAGUGUUUACUGAACCAUUUGUGAGCACACCAAAGGAAGCAGAGCGUAACAUGCAGAAGAUCGCAUCUGGAGGAAAUCCAAGAUGCUGAAUGAGUUCAAUAAAGUCUUCAUUCAAAACUAUUCAUAAAUUGCAUGUUAAACAAAUUUUGAGCAUGUUCGCUACACAUUGGACGGUGCGGUUUUCAUAGGCCUAACAUAUGAGAACAUAGACCGAGUGUUAAUAAGUCAUCAUCCGUUUGGGGCGAAAUGUUCCAAAUUAUUAAUUGCAAAAUGUUGGUGAAAGAUUUAGCAUAAAAUUAUUUCAUUACUA